AGUUACAAUAUUUUCCAACUUAUAUCGCGUAACGUUCACAUUUUAUUCAGUUUCAAAUAUUAAUAUUGAUUAUACUCAUUCAGCAACAUGCCAACUUUUAACGUUAUAACUAAUUUACCAAAACAUAAAAUCCCAUCAACUUUUCUCUCUGAUGCAUCGAAAUUAGUUAGCAAAAUAUUAAAUGUACCUGAACUAUAUAUUGCCGUUAACAUCAAGGCUGGACAACAGAUGUUUUGGCAUGAUAAUGAAUCAUUAUGUGGGCUUGGAAGUCUAGCAGGAACUGGAAUCUAUGGAACUGAAGAAAAUAAGUACUAUUCUUCAGUGUUAUAUGAUUUUCUUGAAAAAGAACUUGGCAUACCACAGGACAGAUUAUACAUAUCAUUUGUGGAACAAAACCCAAGCAACGUGGGAAUACGUGGAACAACAUUACAAGAUAUAAUUCAAUAAAUAUAUAUUUUUAUAAUUAUAUACUUUAAUUAAUAAUUUUAGUGGAAAAAUAAAAAAUUU